AUGGGUCUCUCGCUGCCGCCCAUCCCCCCAGAGCUCAAGUCCAUCGCGCCGUACAUCCAGCGCGCGGAAGAGCUCUCCUCGAAUGACCCCGUCAUCUCGUAUUGGUGUGCGUACUACGCCGCCCAACAAGGAAUCGGGCUCAAGCUCAAAGACGCCGCCGCACGCACAUUCCUGCUCGAAUUGCUCGGUUUGCUGGAACACCUGAAGAACGAGAUUGGAGCGAACGACGCCGUGCAUGAUGAGCCUGCCGCGGCCGCAUACAUCGAGAACUUCGCCCUGCGAGUAUUCGCGAAUGCGGACUCUGAGGACAGGAGGGGUGCCUCAAACAAGAACACCGCGAAGAAAUUCGUUGCCGCGUCCAACUUCCUCGAGCUGCUCAAGACGUUCGACGGCGAUAAGGUCGGCAUCGACCUCCCUUCGAUCCAAGAGAAGAUCACGUACGCCAAGUGGAAAGCGGUAGACAUCGCCAAAGCGAUCCGCGAGGGCCGCAAACCGACCCCUGGUCCCGCCGCGCCAGAGCCGGAGGCAGAGCUUGAGCUCCCCAGUGCACCCGUCCCCGACGUCGCCGUCGUGCCGCCCACGACGCCGCCCGCCGCCCAAUCGCCACUGCCCUCCAGGCAGUCGCCCCCAACACUCUCGCGCAACGGCCCUGCGCCCGCGAAUUUGACGGACCUGCCGCCCGUGGGCCAGGCUGGCUUCCUUGGCGCAGACCUCUCGGACGGUCUCUCAUCGUCGCAACCGCCGACAAGCCCUGGGGGGUGGAGCACGGCUGCGACGCCGGGAACGCCAGGAUUCCCCAUGGAGGACGGGGAAGAGAUGUCUCCUAUCGUUAGCCCGUCGACAUCGCGGCGCAUGGCGUUCGUGAGCGAAGAGAUGGAGGGCCGUGCGGACGACGAGCUGGGCGUGGAAACGACGCCGCCGGCGUCGGCGGGCAAGUCGGUGCACUUCGCGCCCUCAGCCGCUGCGAGCGCGCCCGAAUAUCCGUCCAUGGGCAUGCCUUCUGCACCACCAUUCGACCCCAUUCCUGGCGCUGCGUUCGGCACGCCCUCUGCGCCACCAAUGGACCUUCCGCCUGCACUCCCUGCCCACCGACCUGGACGACCAUCUGCUGUGUCGGCGGCGGUGCACCCAGGACCUUCACCCAUUGACCCACGAAGGGCGACGGUAACGAUGCCGCCGCCGGACCUGACGCCGCAGAUGGUGUCGCGCGUGCAGAAGCACUGUCGGUACGCGAUCUCGGCGUUGGACUACGAAGACUCGACGCAGGCGAUCAAGGAGCUGCGUGCAGCGCUGCGGAUGCUGGAAGGGGGCCCUGAGGCCUGA